GGAUUUCAGUUUUAGCCUAUCUUCAUACUGUACUGUCUGUGAAUGAGCGCUUGGUUUGUGACUUUGUCUAGUAAGCUCGGUGGAUAACACAAUUGACGAAUGUUACUCUCUUAUUCAGUGAUUCAUAAUUUGUUUUCCAACAUAGGUUUCCAAAAAUACAGAUUUAUUUAGAUUUGUACUUUACUGGCUCCAAUGUGUAGCUUACAUCCGUGUUGCUGCCUCUACCGCGCAGACUCGUCACUGCGGUUCACUGCGUUUCCGUGUUAGCUGGGCUGGCUAGCUGAUAGUGGCUGUCGUCAGGAGAGCCUACGAUCGACUCCGACUGGAUAUUGUAUCGAUGGAUAAAACAAACAUUUUCGACAAUGCAUUAAUGUUCAUAAACUGUGUAUUUGUGAAUGAUGCUAUGGAAAGUGCGGUGACUACACCGUCCGUAACAUGCGAUAUUAUCAAAACAAGAUAUUAGCCAAGUGUGCGUUUUAAGAGCAGUUUACGUUAUCUAGGUAACUGUUACCGCUAUAUAACAUUUAUGGUGGCUUCGUUGAUCCAUUUUUUGUGUUUUGUCCUCGUCUGUAUUGGUGGAAAAUGAAGAAGUUCAAUAUCAGAAAAGUGCUGGACGGCUUGACUGCUUCUUCCUCUGGCACUGCAUCUCCACAACCAGGAACUAAUCAAAACGAUGUGAUCCAAGAGACGCUACAAUCGGAGCAUUUCCAGCUCUGCAAGACUGUGCGCCAUGGCUUUCCCUACCAGCCCUCCUCCAUGGCCUUUGACCCUGUGCAAAAAAUUCUGGCCAUCGGGACUCAGAGCGGAGCUGUGAGACUUUUUGGCCGUGCGGGUGUGGAGUGUUACUGUCAGCAUGACAGUGGUGCAGCUGUAAUCCAGCUUCAGUUUCUAGUCAACGAGGGGGCGCUGGUGAGUGCCUUAGCUGAUGACAGCGUUCACCUGUGGAACCUGCGGCAGAAGCAACCAGCUAUCCUGCACACUCUCAAAUUCAAUCGGGAGAGGAUCACGUUUUGUCACCUGCCCUUCCAGAGUAAAUGGCUGUACAUCGGCACAGAGAAAGGAAACAUCCACAUCGUCAACGUUGAGUCCUUCACACUGUCAGGCUACGUCAUUAUGUGGAACAAAGCCAUCGAACUGUCCUCCAAGUCACACCCUGGGCCUGUGGUCCACAUCAGUGAUAACCCCAUGGAUGAGGGAAAGAUUUUGAUUGGAUUUGAAUGUGGGACCGUGGUGUUGUGGGAUCUGAAAUGCAAAAAAGCUGACUACCGCUACAAUCAUGAUGAGGCCAUCCACUCAGUAGCCUGGCACCAUGAGGGAAAACAGUUCACCUGCAGCCACUCAGAUGGAACUCUGACCACAUGGAACGUACGUGUCCCCGCCAAGCCUACAAUCACCAUCACACCACACGGUAAGCAGCCCAAGGAUGGAAAGAAGCCAGAACCAUGUAAACCUAUCCUCAAAGUGGAGUAUAAAACGACUAGAGCUGGGGACGCCUUCGUGGUCAUGUCUGGAGGCCUGUCAUAUGACACAGGGUGCAGGAGGUCCUGUCUGACGGUGAUGCAUGGGAAGAGUACUGCUGUCCUGGAGAUGGACUAUCCCAUCGUAGACUUCCUCACGCUCUGCGAAACACCAUAUCCUAAUGAUUUCCAGGAGCCUUAUGCUGUAGUUGUCCUCUUGGAAAAGGAUUUAGUUGUCAUCGACCUUGAACAAAUUGGGUACCCAAUAUUUGAGAACCCGUACCCUCUGUCGAUCCACGAGUCUCCAGUGACGUGCGUGGAGUACUUUGCUGACUGCCCUCCUGAACUCAUACCUGCACUUUACUCUGUGGGCUCCCGGCAAAAGAGACAGGGUUACAGUAAGAAGGAAUGGCCUAUAAGUGGUGGUAACUGGGGCCAAGGCACACUGAGCUACCCUGAGAUCAUCGUCACUGGACAUGCUGACGGAUCAAUCAAGUUUUGGGAUGCUUCUGCAAUAAUGCUCCAAGUACUGUACAAGCUGAAGACUGCCAAGGUGUUUGAGAAGGCUCUAAAGGGCGGUAAGGAGGAGAAGCCGAGCACAGAGAUAGUGGAUGAGGAUCCCUUUGCCAUCCAGACUUUGUCGUGGUGCCCAGAGAGCAGAAUGCUGUGUGUGGCCGGAGUCUCCGCCCACGUCAUCAUCUAUAGGUUCAGCAAACAGGAAAUGACCACAGAGGUGGUGCAGCUGUUGGAGGUGCGUAUGCAGGGGGAGCUGAACGAUGUGGAUUCUCCAGACCCAGCAGGAGACCAUCCUCCCACCCCCUCUACCCCAGUACCCCCCUCCUCCUCCAGCCCUACCCAGGACGGAGAGCCCCCUGAGGCCCAGCCCUUCACCUCUGAUGACCGGCCCAGGGACAACGUACCAGGCCUUAAGGUCUGGAGCGCCCCUCUGAAGCAGUCUCCUGGUUACCAGGUGGAGCUGGUCAUUCAACUGGUCUGGGUUAGUGGGGAGCCGCCGCAGCAGAUCACCAGCCUGGCCGUCAGCUCGUCAGACGGACUUGUGGUGUUUGGCAACAGCAGCGGUCUGGCUGUCGUGGACUACCUUCAGAAGAGCCUCCUCCUGAACAUGAGCACGUCAGAGCUGUACAGUCCCUCAGACCCCUACCAGAGACAGCCUCAGUCGCCUCGCAAGACACGCCAGCCAUCUGGAGACAAAGACAUUCCGCCUGUGACAUCUUGCAUGUCCCGCCUUUCUAUAUUUUAUACGUCUAUGAAAAAGACCUAUCAUUCUUCUAACUCCCCUCUCAGUGAUAACAGCGAUGGAAACAACAUUUCAGAGGAGAAAAGCAGCAAAUCACCAACGUCAGCUGCUUUUCAGUAUCAAGGAGUGUUGAAUGAGUUGAUGUCCACUGAAGUGUUCUUGUUACCAGGCUCUACGACACCCACCAAUUCAGACGAUGAACACAAACAGAAAAGGUUUAUAGAAAUGGUGAAGUCCAAAAGCAGGCGCUUUUCCAAGACGGUUGCCAAUGACUUUGCCAAGAUGUCAAAGAAAAUUAGCUCACCUACAGAGCAAAAGACAGGCCUGGAUGCCAAGGACAGUUUGUUCAGCCGCUCCAGGAGUUCCAGUGUGACCAGUAUAGAGCGGGAGUCCCGCGAAGCCAUCUCCUCCUUCCACUUCAGUGAGAGUUUCCCCAGGAAGACGGACAGCAGCCCCAGCCCCAGCCUGUGGUUGGGUACUACCCAGGGCACUGUCCUGGUCCUCUCCCUCAGCCUGCCACCUACAGGGGACCAGAGGCUGCAGCAACCUGUCGGAGUCUCUUCCUGUGGUACUCUGGUCAGACUAAAAGGAGGUAUCCUGACUAUGGCCUUCCUGGACUCCCUUGGGGCGGUCCUACCCCCUUCCUACGAGCCGUGGUCCGAGCCCAACGCUCCAGACGAGGAGAAGACGAGGAGGCGCAGGCCGGCUUCCCCACCCCCCACCCAGGAGGGUCAGGACCGCCAGUACGCUGUGGUGUGCUCAGAGAAACAGGCCAAGGUGGUGGGUCUGCCCUCCCAGUCCUGCUUCUUCAAACACAACAUCACAGAGAGCUCCUUCGUGCUGAGAGCUGACGUGGUGCAGAUGGCCGCUGGACUCUGCCUCGCCUGCUUCUGUGCUAAUGGACACAUCAUGACUCUGAGUCUACCCAGUCUCAGACCACUCCUGGAUGUGAACUACCUUCCCCUGACAGACAUGAGGAUAGCCCGGACCUUCUGCUUCUCCAACCUGGGCCAGGCCAUGUACCUCACCUCCCCCACCGAGAUACAGAGGAUCACAUACAGCCAGGAGACCUGCGACAAUCUGCAGGAGAUGAUGGGAGAGCUGUUUACACCGUUAGAGACACCUGAAGCUCCUAAUCGAGGUUUCUUCAAGGGCCUGUUUGGGGGAGGAGCUCAGUCGCUGGAUAGAGAAGAUCUGUUUGGUGAGACAGCGGCGGGUAAGGCAUCUCGUAGCCUGGCGCAGCACAUCCCCGGGCCCCAGGGCAUGGAGGGUAUGAAGGGAGCAGCCUCUGGGGUGGUGGGGGACCUGGCCCGUGCCAGGAUAGCCCUGGAUGAGAGGGGGCAGAAACUGGGCGAGCUGGAGGACAGAACCGCAGCCAUGAUGGCCAGCGCUGACUCCUUCUCUAAACACGCUCAUGAUAUGAUGCUGAAGUACAAAGAUAAGAAGUGGUACCAGCUCUGAUGGCAGCGAGGGGAGACAGUGGGACGCAGUUGUUUUGUUGCACCACUUCAUUAUCUACAGGAGAUGCAGCUCCUCCUCCUCCUCUUCUCCUUCAUCUCUCUGCAGGAGGAAGAGGUGUUGUAUGACAGACUGAGAGGCUUUCUUCCGAGCAGCACAAUACAACACUGCAUUACCUCAGUCACCUGGUUACAGCAGACUGACUGACUGAAGCAGACUGACUGACUGAAGCAGACUGACUGACUGAAGCAGACUGACUGAAGCUGACUGAAGCUGACUGAAGCUGACUGA